UCAGCUGGUCACAGUCAGUGGCAGCCGGAUCCGACAGACCCAACCUCAGCACGGAUGGGCCCGUCCUCAGGGGAGUCUGUGGCACCUCUGGAAAGGUGUCUUAAAGUGACGGUGGCAAACACUGAGAAGAAGGAGGAACAACGCCAGGGUGGGAGGAAAAGGAGGAAAGAAAUCCGCAGUGGAGCAGGAGGAGGGAAGCGAGAAGAGCACACCUGGGAUAACUCUGAGAGCAGCCUGGCUGUGUCUUCCCUGUACCUUCCCAUCACAUGUCUGAAGACAGCAAGAGGAUGCUCCCUACCCAUGGUCAUCUCCAGACAAGAUCUAGGUCCUGUGCCUGCCAUUCCUCAUGUUCAUUAUAUCCACUUGGAGUGGGAGUGCAGUGGUCCAGCAGCCAGCUCUCUUCAGUGCUCCAUUGCCUUAAUUGACCAGAUGUCGUGGUUUAACCCCAGCCAGCAACCAAGCACCACACAGCUGUUUGCUCCCUCUGAACUUCAGCUCAGGUUCAGACCAAUGUUCCAGCCUGUCCAGUGCAGCAGCACAAAACCAGCAGGAGCACCCUGGCCACCUGCCAGCCCAAGCUGGCAAACAUCACCAUGGCUGCUAUCAAGAUGUUCCCAGGCACAAUUCAAUAAGCUUGAUAUACUGAGCAUGAUGCUAUAUGGUAUGGAAACUCCCUUUGGUCAGUUUGGAUCAUCUGUCCCAGCUGUGUACCUCCCAUACACCCCCAAUUUCCUCACCAGAGCAGUGGUACAAAAAGUGGAAGAGUACUUGGAUCUGUGUAAGCCCUGUUCAGCAACAAGAAAAACAUCUGUGGAUUAUCAACUCUGCCCAGUCCAGAUCCAAAACACAACCCCACGUCACCCACUGUGAAGAUGGUCAACCACCCCUGCCCAAAUCAACACACAAGAUCACCAUAAACUGUUAAAGGCUCUUACUUAGACACUCAUCUCCUAUGUGAAGUGAGAAGUGAGUAUCACUUAAUCUGUGAUACUGUUCUGGAAUACUGCAUUCAUCUUGGGAGUCCUCAGCACAGGAGAGACAUGGAGGGGUGCAGAGGAAGGCCACAAAAAAGGCGUUAACAUUUUAGCAUGCCCAUUUAAAAAAGAAACCACACAGAAUCCUAUAUAAACGACUUCCACAGCCAGCCUAUUGCUUCACCCCACUGGGAUGAUAUAAGCCCAGGAGAUGGAGAUGGAGACUGCAGAUGAAGUUGCUAUUGUUGGAAUAGGAUGCAACUUUCCUGGAGGAGAUGGAAUUGACAAUUUCUGGAAAGUCCUGGAGGAAGGCAAAAACUGCACGGUAGAAAUCCCCCCUGAGAGAUUUAAUGCCAAGGAGUGGUAUGAUGCAGAUGGCAACAAGCCAGGAAAAAUAUGUACAACACGAGCUGCUCUUCUUGAUGAAUUUAAUUCAUUUGACAACCACCUGUUUGGGAUUAACAAUAUGGAAGCAGAACGCAUGGAUCCACAACAGAAAUUACUGAUAGAGUGCACAUACAAAGCCCUGGAGGAUGCAGGAGUUCCUGUGGAAUCUAUCAGUGGCUCCAAAACAGGUGUUUUUAUUGGUCUCAUGAAUCGAGACUAUGAGAUCAUAACCAGCAGAGCUGUGAGUGAAAUAAAUCAUUAUGAUGGUACUGGAACAGCAAUGAGCAUUGCUGCCAACAGGGUCUCUUUCACAUUUAAUCUGACUGGACCGUCUCUGACUGUCGACACUGCGUGUUCGUCUUUUCUUUUUGCUCUGCACUAUGCCUUACGAGCCAUUAAAUCAGGAGACUGUGAGGCAGCAAUUUGUGGUGGGGUGAACUGCAUCAUCGAUCCCCGCACCUUUGUAUCUCUCAGUAAAGCCAAAAUGAUCUCUCCAGAGGGCAUAAGCAAACCCUUCUCCAAAAAAGCGGAUGGCUAUGGAAGGGGAGAAGGCUGCGGUGUUGUUUUCCUCAAACCACUGAAAAAGGCAAAGGAAGACUACAGCAAAAUCUGGGGUGUGAUAACCAUCAGUGCAGUCAAUCAGAAUGGCAGAUCCACGACUCCAAUCACGAGACCGUCUCAAAUAGAGCAAGAGAAGUUACUGCGCAGCAUUUAUGAAAGUCGUGUUGAUCCCUCAGUUGUGCAGUACAUUGAAGCCCAUGGAACAGGAACUGCUGCUGGAGAUCCUACAGAAGCUGAGAGCCUGGGUAGUGUCAUUAGCAAAAACAGGUCUUCCAGAGUUUCCAUUCUGAAAAUUGGUUCAGUGAAAGGAAAUAUUGGACACACUGAAUCAGCUGCUGGAGCAGCUGGGUUAAUCAAAGUGCUCCUGAUGAUGCAUCAUGGAAAGAUUGUUCCAUCCUUGCAUUACUCAAAGGAGACGAGCAGUAUUGAUACAGAGAAAUUAAACCUUGCUGUUGCCACAGCUGUAGAGCCCUGGGAAGAAUCCAGUGAGUAUGGAAGAGUAGCUGGCAUCAACUGCUUUGGAUUUGGAGGAACCAAUGCUCAUGUUGUAGUCAGGCAGGUGAAGCAGCCAGAGGCUCUUCCUGCCUUUAAGAAGCCCCUGGAAUUAGUUCUGCUGUCAGCAGCAUCCCCUAAGUCCCUUCAGAUGACAAUGGCGGACACAGCUGAGCAGCUGAGCACAAGGAACUCCGUAACUCUCCCAAGCCUGGCCUACACCUCUGCCUGCAGAAGAAGCCAUGCCAGCUACAGGUACCGAAAAGCAUUUGUCACAAAUUCCCUCCAACACUUGCAGCAAGAGCUGAAGCUGGCAGCGAGCACGGAACCUGCCAUGUCCAAAGUGGAACCACAGCUGGUGUUUGUGUUCUGUGGCAACGGCGUAACGCUGAAGGAGUUCAGUGAGGCACUGCUGAGCUCAGAGCCAGUGUUCAGAGACAAGUGUAAGGAAAUAGAAGACCUUUUCCAGCAGCACGCUGCCAUCAGCCUCCUGCCAGCAAGAAAUCAUAGCCCAAAGGACUUGCUAAAUCCAGAGUUUUCUCAACCCUUGCUGUUUGCUCUGCAGGUUGCUGUAGCUUCCCUCCUGAAGCACUGGGGUAUUAAGCCCGUUGCUGUUGUUGGCCACUCGGUGGGGGAAGUUGCUGCUGCACACAUUGCUGGGUACCUUUCCCUGGCAGAUGCAGUCAAAGUGAUUUAUCACCGGAGCAGGCUGCAGGCAAAGACUCCCAGGGGCAGAAUGCUGGUGGUUGGAAACAUCCCUGUUGAAGAGAUUGCAGAGCGCCUGCAUCCCUACUCAGGAAAGGUGUGCAUUGCUGCUUUCAACAGCCCCAUUUCCUGCACCUUGUCUGGGAGUGUAGAGGCUGUGGAAGCUGUCCAGAGUGAGUUAGCUGAAGCUUUCAGACAGAGAAACAUCUUUCUUCACAUUUUAAAAGUUCCAGCUGCGUACCACAGCCCCAGCAUGGACAUGAUACUGAGGGAGCUGGAGGAGCAGAUAGAGCCUUUAGAAAAGCAGAAGGGGGAAAUGGAAGUGAUUUCAACACUGACUGGGGAGGUUGCAUCUGAAAAUGACUUUGCUCGGGGCAAAUUCUGGGCACAGCAUACCCGUGAGCCUGUUGCUUUCACACAAGCCAUCCAAACUGCAGCCAGAGGCAGGGAAAACGCGGUGUUUGUGGAAAUAAGUCCUCACCGAGCACUGCAGCGAAGCAUAAAAGAAACGCUAGGGAAAGGCACAAAGGUGUUGUCGUCUUUGCAAACGGAUGCAGAAUAUCAGACACUCUUCACACUUGUAGGAAAUCUGUUUGAACUGGGAUUUAAUCCCAACUGGCAGCACUUUUAUAAUGGGUAUCAAAGUGUUCCUGUGGCCAUUCCACGAUAUCAAUUUGAUCGUCAAAAACUCAUGAACUGCCUGGGAAUCCAUCAACAAGCAAACCAAAGAGGUGUCAGUGCCAGUCAUCCUUUGCUUUAUGGCAUAAGCAGUGACAACGUGGAGUUUGGCUGCCUGGUGUCCCAGGAAACGACACCGUACUUAUAUGAGCACAAGAACAAUGGGGUGGCCUUAGUCCCUGGUGCUUUCUAUGUGGAGCUAGGUCUGGCCUCUGUGAUGAGCAGCUCAGAACCUAAAGUGCCUCUGAGCACUUGCCAGCUGAGUAUCAGUUUUUCUGCACCGUGUGUUCUUACACAGAAUUCCCAAGUGCUGAGUAUCAAGCUGAGUCCGCAAAAAGCCAUGACAACUUUUGAGGUUCUUUCUUCCUCCAACGCAGUUUAUGCUACUGGCCAAGUGGCAAAGGGGGGGCUUGAAGGUGUGGUGGAAGAAAGCAGCAUCUCCUUCCAAGCUAUUUAUCGAAGAUGCAAGUCAGUGAUUAGCAGAGAGGAGCUUUAUGAAGCACUGUCUCAAGUUGGCUUUCAGUAUGGCUCCAUAUUCAGGCAGCUCAGUGAUGUGCAUUAUUGCCAGGAGCUCAAGGAAGCUAUAACGAGCAUAAAGGUGAAUGAGGAGACUGCCAGAGACAUGUACAGCUACUGUAUCCACCCAGUGCUGCUCGACUGUUUCCUGCAGAUGACCGCUGUCCUGACCUCAAGGACACUCCACUCCCGAGCAGGCUUUCCUUCAGGGAUAGGCAGCCUGGUGGUGCUCCGCCCGCUGCAGGAGGAAAUGAUGAUAUACAUGAGAAUGAGCAAAUCCACUGGGAACUGCCUUGAGGUCUGUGGAUGCUUUGUGGACAAACAUGGCUCUGUUUUGGCUGAGCUCAAGCGCGUUGCAAUCACUUUCAUGAAGGAAGCGUCUUCCAGAGACAAUGAGUUCCUUUUUGAAAACAAAUGGAAAGAAGUCUCUCUUUCACAGACAAUUGGACAGCUGGGGUUUAAGCCCAGAGUGCUUGUCUUUGCAGACAAAUUUGGAAUAGCUGAGCAGCUCAAAAAAUACUUGCAUCCUACUUCCAGAUAUGUUAUGUAUGAAGGCUGGGAAUGCCUUGUGGAAGGCGAUGCACAGGAUAAAAUGAGAGCAGAGGUUAAGGAUUAUGAUGAAAUUCUCUUCCUGUGGGGAAUCCAAAAGUUAAAUGAAGAUUCCCCAAGGAAAGCAGUAGAUCAGCUGGCAAAGUGCUGCGAAGCCUAUCGCCAGGUCGUGGUGGCACUAAGAGAGAAGAUGUCUCGCUGUUCCGUCAGGGUGAUCACCUACAGAACAACAGAGAGAUAUGUGGACCACGUUAACUGUGGGUUUGCAUUGUAUGGCAUGACCAGAACUUGUACUGUUGAAGUUCCAGAAAUCACAUUUCAGUUGAUUGACCUCAGCUCCUCCACUUCCCUGGACAUCUCAGUGUUAGCAGAUGUUCUUGUCAAGUACAAAGGUGGGGACUAUCCAGAAGUCUGCAUCAGCCAGGGAAGAAUUUAUGUGUCCGAAAUCAGACGCACGCCUUUUGUAGAUGCAGAUUACAUCCAACCCAUAAGAUCUCUCCAGAAAUCACAGUCAUUCACUUUGUACACUUCUGAUCCAUACACAGCAAAAGACUUGUCUGGGGAAUUAUCCACUGGUACUGCUACUCAACUUGACGAACAGAGUGUUGAAAUUCAAGUGGAUAAAAUUUGUCUGCACUCAGAAGAUUAUUCUCCCAUUAGUGUUUCUAGCUGUAACUUUGGUAAUACACUGUAUUGGAACUCCCAGGCAGGAGACAAACACAGGCUUCUAGCUCUUGAUUUCAGUGGCACAGUCACUGCAACAGGCAGUGAUGUGAAAAAAGUGAAAGUGGGAGAUCAUGUGGUUUCAUGUUAUCCCACUGCUGCAUCAUCCAGAGUUCAGAUUCCAGGAGCAGUUUGUUUCAAUGCAAGGAAAUUCCCAUUCCUCCAGAAUGUCCCUUGUGUGUCAUAUUUCAUCAUUGCAUGGGAAAUCUUCAAUCAGAGGUUACCCAAAGGAAAACAUGGCAGAGCAUUGGGUAUUAUUACUACAGAGCCGUCCUCAGUUUUGUGCCAUAUUCUUUCUGCAGCAGCAGAAGAAAUGGGUUGGAGACCAGUCCUUGCAAAGCCCACUCCUAACGUGCUCCAGUAUAUUAACCUGUGCAGUGCCCUUGUUGUUCUUCCUCCAGUCAACAGACUGUCUCAGGAGGACCUGGCCCACAUGUCCUUUCUUAAAGAUGUGGUGCUUGUGUGUGGCAGUCAACAGCCUGAAUGUAUCCAGAAUGUCAGUGAAAUUGAUCAUGAAAACAUCAGCUUUCAUAUCCUUGCUGUUGCCAGCCUUUUCCGGAAAGCACCUCUAAAGGAAGUGCAGAAGACCGUACACGCCUGGAUCAGUUCCAUGGAUAUGAAACGGUUUAGACAUCUCUCAGGUUCUGUUUUCCAACAGUCUGAGAACUUUGAAGGGCUAAAUUCUGUGAUGUCCUAUUUCACCUGCACUUCUGUCCCCCUUGCUGUCCUGAGAAGGCAGAAGGACAUGGGUGUGCUUUCGGACAUCCCGCUGUACGAGCCCCAGAAGCAGCUGUUCAAGCAGAAUGCUGUUUAUGUAGUAGCUGGGGGGCUCACUGGACUCGGCUUUGAAACGGUGAAGUUCAUAGCUGAGAACGGGGGAGGGUGUAUUGCAAUUCUGUCUAGGAGAACUCCCAGCAGUGAGAAGCAAGAAGAGUUAAGGGCUUUGCAGCAGCAGUACAAAGGGAGCAAAGUAGUGUCUGUGCAGUGUGAUGUGGCUUUGACCAGUGACGUUGAGAAAGCUUUCCAGUCCAUUGCCAACACUUUUGUGGGGACUCCCAUCAAAGGGGUGUUCCAAAGUGCUGUUGCUUUACACGACGGCCACCUUGAAGUGCUGAAGCUGGCUGACUUUCACAAAGUGCUGAGCCCAAAAGUAGCAGGGACCCUAAAUCUUCACUGGGCUACCAGAGACCAGGAGCUUGACUACUUUGUGUGCUACUCCUCUGUUACUUCCUUUCUGGGCAAUGCCACCCAAACAAACUAUGCAGCUGCAAACUCUUUCCUGGAUGUCUUCUGCCUCUACAGGAGGAACUGUGGGCUUUCAGCCCAGGCCAUUAACUGGGGUGCCUUGAACCUCGGCAUUCUGCUUAACCAAAACCACAUUCAGAGCAUUCUGGGAUCCAAGGGCAUAGACAUUCUGCAAGUGCAUGAAAUUCAUGACUAUCUCAGGAAGACCUUACUUAUAAACAAGCCGCAGCAAGCUGUGGUCAAAUUGAACUUUCAAGCUUUGUAUCAUCAUGUUUUUACUCAGAUUAUUUCUCUUAAAAGUCGCUUCAUAUCACUGAUGUCAGAAGAUUUCAAGAACAAGAUUGAAAUGUCUGAGGAAACUGAAGUCCCAGAGGCUGCCUUUCUCAAAUCUGAGGAGUACAUCACCUCACUGGUGAGUGACCUCACAGGAGUGGACGCAGAUGAACUAACCAUGAACACGCCACUUUCGUCUUUGGGCAUAGACUCUAUGUUAGCUAUGACAAUUCAGAACCGUGUCUUCCGGGAGCGAAAGGUGGACAUACCCGUUGUGAAACUGCUUGAUCCUCACACAACUCUGUCAAGUUUAGUGGUGGUGUUAGAAGAAACAAGCAAUGCAAAUGGAACAGUUGAAAAGAAGCAUGCUGUUGUUGAAAGCACAGAAAAUGGGAGCUGGCUAUAGGAAUCUUCCCAAUCAGGAAUUGUGUAACUUUGACAAUACUCGGACCCUUUGUAGCAUGUCAGAAUGUGUAAUUGCAGAAUGCCUGGUGGUGCUGAAUGUACUCGUCUGCACUGACUCAGAAAAACCCACACCAGGUUCUUCUGCCUUUAUUCUGCUAGCUGUGUUAAUUUCAGUCAGUUGUUUGACUUUUUACUUUCAAUGUAUUUUACCUUAAUUUUCAAUAGUUUUAACUGGAAAUAAGUAGGUAUUUUCCUACACAUUUUAUUUCAUAUUGCAUUUUUAAAUUGUAUUCAAGUUUUGAUGAAAAUUGUAUAUUUGCACCUCUAAGCAGUAAAUAUACACAUAAAGCUGUAUAAGCUUAUCAGCAUUUUUGUUAUAUUCUAUUGUUAAUAUAUCAUUAUUUUUAAUAUCACCAAAUAUUUAUAAGUACAGGCAUCUUUUUGAAAGUCUGAUGUCAAUUUAAAAACCUAGUGUUUUGCUUGUGUCUUCAAAAAUAUUAACAAUUUACCAAUUGUUACCUAUUGUCAAGCAUACAAAAAAGCAAAUGUUUUUUAUUAUGAAUUAACAAAUUUUUGUGAAAGCCCAAAUAAACAAAAGUAGUAAAAUGUUUAAAAAAAAAGCCCUGAAGUGUAUUCUUAUCCUAUUUUAUUUUUUUGUCCUUUAUCUGCUCUCCUACUUAAAAUCUUAACC